AUGAGUGACAGUGAUUCUUCCAAUUGUACGCCGCCUCGUGGGAGCAGGUUCACGGAGAACAUUACUGAUGUGGUCUACAUCAGCCUUCCCAUCCCUUCUUCUGCCACCUUCUCCUGCCACAUCUGCACUACCGUUGGGCAGAAGCUGUUGACCCAUAACAGCCUGAAGAAGCACUUCCGCGCCACCCACAAAGGUACCAUUGUUGUCCGCUUCGAGUGCCACAUCUGCCAGUUCGAGUUACCGAGCGUGAGAAGCUAUGCCGCCCACCAUGCUGAACUCCACUCCCGUCGACCGGUGUCUCCACCCUCUACCACGCCUGGUACACCCCAAGUGCCGCCCAUCUCUUCCGAGGCCAUUGAUUGCUUCCUUGCGGCGGCUCGACGUCAAUCCAUAUCAGAGGCGCUGCCUCCUGACCCAUCUGCUGUGGCGCCGAUCCCUCCGACGGCUGCCCCCACUAAUCUACCUCCUCUUCUAGAUACCAGGCCGAUGCAUCCCCAUCCGCCUGGCCUCCUCAUCAACUUCGGGCCUCGUGAGCUACUCCCGCCCCUCAGUGCUUCUCUCAGUGAUGUGCCAAGUGACUUCCCUCCUCCGCCGCCAGAGCCAGAUCCUCCAGACGGAAAUGGCUCUCUAUGGUCCUGGACUGGUCGUACGAAUGUUCUGUAUGACGUGCUUGGUCAUCCGGUUGUGAGUGGUUGCUGGGAAAGAGGUGGUGGUGGCCGCUGUUAUCGCCCGCGCUCCCAUCCACCAAUACUGACUGAAGAAAUCCGCAUUGCCCGGCAGCUUCUUCUCCCCAGUGCAGUUUCUGUUCCGCCACCGGAAAUGCCGCAAAAUAGUGUCGCUUCAGUGCUUGCUCAGCCUCCUUCGCCGCUAGCUACACCGAGCCUCCGAAAUACUACCCACACGCCACCUACCGGCUCUCUUCAAGUGUCUGGCGCUCCAGGUGCUCGAGGCCUAGUUUAUGCUGCAAUCUCUCCUCCUCCCAUAGUGAGUGAACCAGUGACUUCACCCUCCAUGCCAGAUGCUCCACCGUGGAAUCGGGAUGCUGGCCAUUUCGACCUUCCUCGACGGCCUGACCCUCGGCUGUCUACUUCUUCACUUUCCGCCCAGCCCCCAGGGCUCGUACAGCAGUGCGAGCCACCUGGUGGUCGGCGUGGAAGACGAUCUCGUCAGCAAUCUUCUCAUUUGCCGCCUGUGACCAACCACAGGGCUAAUGGGCGACCGGCUACCUCUCCUCGGCGUCGUUCCCCUUCACUUGACCCUGCACGGAUAGAUGAAGAAGAGGAAGCUCCUGACAUCCCCCCACCGAAGCUAACGGAUCUCCAACGCCAGUGGGUUGAUACGUUCAACUCACUCCUCCCUGAGGAUGUUGAUGGCCUCUCGGCCCUCUCGUUGGCUAUUUCUUCUGCUGCUGCUGAACGGCAGGACACAGCACCACCACCUCCUACCCGUGCUCCGGCUCCCCGUAAUCAAGGUCUCAACCGAGCCCCACGUAGGCGCCCACGAUACGAUCCCCAGGAUGCUUCUGCCAUUCAGAAGCUCUACAGGAUGGACCGAAACAAAGCCAUGGCCCACAUCUUGGCAGAACCGUCUCCGUACUGCGCGGCUGAACCGGCAGCAAUCGAGACGCACUUGACCACAAUUUUUGCAGGGGAAGAGCACCCCUGGUCCGAUCCACCCGCCUGUGUGCCGGCCUUUGAUCAGCCUACCACGCCUGAUGAACUGGUCUUCCUUACGGCCCCGAUCACCCCACUGGAAGUUUCCUUCCGCCUUCAACGGAUGAAAAACACGGCUCCUGGACCUGAUGGCGCGCGUUACUCUGGCCUACGUCGCGUCGACCCUGGCUGUCACACCCUGGCCCUAAUCUACUCGCGGUGCCUCCGCAUUGCCAAAGUUCCAGCCGCCUGGAAAGAGUCGACGACGGUCCUCAUCUUUAAAGCCGGUGACAGAGAGAAUCUAGGCAACUGGCGUCCGCUCACCCUUGGAAACACCAUUGCCAAACUCUACUCUGGCGUCAUCGCCGACCGGAUUUCCCGCUGGGCGGAAGAGGGCCACCGGAUUUCGCCACAACAAAAAGGUUUCACCCGACACGACGGCUGCCUUGAGCACAACUUCCUCCUUCAGGCCGCAAUUAAUCAAGCCCGUCGCACCGGCCAGGAAUUGUGUGUUGCAUGGCUUGACCUGGCCAACGCCUUUCCUUCCGUCCCCCACAGCCACAUUUUUGGCACCCUAAACCUUUUAGGGCUACCUGCGGAACUCAUUUCCGUCGUGCAAGAUCUCUACAUCGACACAACCACACGCGGGAUGACGUCCAGUGGCCUGACAGCACCCAUCCCAAUUUCAUCUGGAGUCAAACAGGGCUGCCCCCUGAGCCCUGUAAUAUUUGAUCUGGCUAUGGAACCAAUCAUCCGCGCUGUCAUGGCGCUAAAGCCCCUCUCUUUUAAAUUAGGCCUUAUUGACCUCCUUAUUCUAGCUUUCGCCGAUGACCUGGCCCUCCUAGCAAAAAAUGAAGCCGCACUCCAGCGCCAACUUGAUGCGGCGACGGAAACGGCAGAAUGGUGUGGCCUCACCUUCAAACCGGCCAAAUGUGCCACUCUCCAUGUGGUCCGGCGAGAAACUGUCGAUUCCGUCUUCACAAUCAACGAAAACCCAUUGGCGGUCCUUGGUGAAGGACAACACUACCGCCAUCUGGGAGUCCCAACUGGUUUCCGCAACAAACAGACGCCAGAGGAAACGCUGGCUCAAAUUUCCAACGACCUGGACCUUCUCGACAACAGCCUACUAGCCCCUUGGCAGAAGAUUGAUGCGGUCGUCACCUUUAUUGUGCCCCGCCUAGACUUCAUUCUCCGAGGUGCCAACGUCGCAGUUAAACCGCUCAGAGCAUUGGACAAGAGAAUGAAGAAAAAUGUGAAAAAGUGGUUAAAUUUGCCCCAACGGGCCAGUGCUGAAUUGGUCUUCAUUCCUAGUCCGCUAGGUGGUGCUGGCAUUCUACCGUUUAGUGAUAUGCGCAAUGUGUGCGCAAUCACCCAUGGUUAUCGUCUUCUUACCUGUCCCGACGAUGAUGUACGUGAAACUGCUUGGGACACGCUCAAAACCGCGGCUCACCUCAAGAUUCGACGUGUACCAGACAUGGAGGACAUUGCCGCUUACCUCAACGGAUCCACGGAUGGUGACAUGAUUCAAACCAACGGCGAUGUUCCUUCGUUGUGGUCGCGUGUCCGAUCCUGUACGCGCGCCCUUCGUCGAAUCGUGAAUAUUGAAUGGUGGUGGUGCGCCACCCUUGGUGAAAUGCAGAUCAUCGUCCCCCGUCCUGGAAAAGAACCAGAUCAGGCGCGAGCCCACCCGGCCGCCCGCAGUCAGGUGUGUAAUCUAGUUAAAACGGCCCUCCGGGCCUCCUACCUCCACCGCCUUCUCCAGAAACCCGACCAGGGUAAAGUGUUCUCAGUGACCAGCCUCCGUAGUGAAUCAAAUCACAUGAUGAAAACCGGCCUUUAUACCCGAUUUGCCGACUGGCGCUUUCUCCAUCGGGCCCGACUGGACACUGUCCCCCUAAAUGGAACGCGCCGAUUUGGCGCCGGCAGUAAGCGCUGCCGCCGUUGCAAUAAUGUGCUCGAAACUCUCCCACAUGUUCUCAGCCACUGCAAAUAUGUCAGUCGUCCUCGGGCUCUCCGCCACCAUAAUGUCGUCCAUCGACUGGCCAGAGGGACGCCGGUGAUUGCUGGAACGAUUACCGAAGACAAGGCGAUACCCGGUACCAGCGGCCAGCUCCGACCGGACCUUGUCGUCACUGAUGUCUCGACCCGCUCCAUCUCCAUCGUCGAUGUAGCCAUCGUCUUCGAAAACAAAUUCGAAGCGUUUCAACUUGCUCGAGCUGGGAAAAUAGAAAAAUAUGACCCUCUUGCCGCAGAACUCCGAUCUCAAGGCUGGAAUGUUUAUCUAGAUGCCUUUGUGGUUGGUGCGCUUGGUGGAUGGGAUCCAGCGAAUGAUGCCGUUAUUCGCCAACUACGCAUCAGUAAAAGCUACGCCAAACUCAUGAAAAAACUCGUGAUCAGCGACACCAUCCGGUGGUCCCGCGAUAUUUAUGUGGAAUUCAUCAGCGGAAAGCGGCAGUAUCGGGAACCCAUUCCUAUGGCUCCGCCUCCAUCACGUCCCUAA